CGAUAUAAUAAUUUUAUUGAUUGUCACUGUAACUUCUAGGUAAUACUACAGUUUUAUAUUUUAUAAAUAGAGUUCGGUUUAUAUUCAGCACAUCUAGGAAGUGACCAAGAAAGUACUUUCCACAGGCCGUAGAUUUUACUAUAUUUAAAUUCGAGAAAUGGCGAGGGCAGCGUUUUUCCUAUGCCUGCUGAUGGCCUGCGCCUGGACCAGCCAAGGCGUUAUGUUCCACCUGCCGCCAAACACGCAGAAGUGCCUCAAGGAGGACAUCCAGGCGAACCAACUGGUCAUGGGUGAAUACGAGGUGUCUGACGUGCCCGGCCAAAUCAUCGACUACAUCGCUCGCGACACCAAGGGACACAUCCUGUCGCAGAAGGAGCACAUUACCAAGGGCAAGUUCAGCUUCAUGUCCGAGGUGUACGACGCCUACGAGAUAUGCUUCAUAUCCAAAGUGCCUGCACAUCAACGCGGAAUAUCGCAGGAAGUAUCGCUGAACACUAAGAAGGGUGUGGAAACCAAGAGCUACGAAGGCAUUGGCGAGGCCAGCAAGCUGAAGCCCUUGGAGGUGGAUCUUAAGCGAUUGGAAGACCUCUCGGACUCCAUUGUGCGGGAUUUCGUACUUAUGCGCAAGCGGGAGGAGGAGAUGCGCGAUACCAAUGAGAAAACCAACAGCCGCGUCCUGUUCUUCAGCAUCUUCAGCAUGUGCUGCCUGCUGGGCCUGGCGACGUGGCAAGUGCUGUACCUCCGCAGAUAUUUCAAAGCCAAAAAACUCAUCGAGUAGAGAUAGUCGUCGCUUAGCCGUAGUCCUUUGCGCGUGGAAGUGCGUUUGAAUAUUGCCUGGUUUAAAAUUCAUCAUCUCUAUUUUUAGCGUUUUUCUGAAAUAAAUGCAACUACCACGUA